AUGUGCUGUGUAAAAUUAUUCAACUCCAAAGCCAUUGUGGUAAAACUUUCCCAACAGUGUACAGUUAGAAUUCAUUCAGGUUGCCGCACCUCCCGCGCCCUGCGAGGCGGCGGGGCCGGGCGGGGCGACCGCGGGCCGGGGUCGCGCCGCGGCCCUUCCUCCCCUAGACGGCGUCGCGGGGGGCGGGGGGGCGGCCGGCGCCGGGACCUCCCCGCCCACCCGCCCUGGGCCGCCACCCGCCCUGCCCGCUCUGGGCCCUCGGCGGCCCGGAGCCCCCGACCCCGCCAGGCCCGGCCCGGCCCGGCGGGCAGGGAGGAGCCCCCCGCCGCAAGAUGGCGAAGGCGGCGGCGGGGCCAUUGUGCCCGCGUCCCCGCCCCCAGCGCUGCCCGGGAUCCCGAAACCCCGGACAAAAUGGGAAGCCUAAUAUGGCCGUUCGGAGUGAUUGACGCCCAAAUAGCAUUCUCUCCCCUGUCUCUGUCUGUGUCCUUGUGCGUGCGUUUCUUUUCGUUUUCUUUCGUCCUUUUUGUUUUGUUUUGUUUUGGUUUAUCGUUUUCAGACCGAGUGUGUCAGCAGCCAGGACUUUCUCUCUGGGUCCCCUUCCAAAACGCAGCCACCACGGUCACCAACCUCUACAAAGAAAGUGUGGAUACCCAUCAGCGAAGUUUUGAUAUUGGAAUUCAGAUUGGCUAUCAGCGAUGCAAUAAGGAUGUGCUGGCUUGGGUUAAAAAACGCAGAAGAACUAUUCGUAGAGAAGAUUUGAUCAGCUUCCUGUGUGGAAAGUUUCCUCCACCACGAAACUCUAGCGCUCCCCCAAGACUGACUGUAGUGUCCCCUAACCGAGCUACCUCAACGGAAACUAGCUCUUCUGUAGAGACUGAUUUGCAACCCUUCCGGGAAGCCAUAGCUCGGUCUUAGGGUGCAAUGGCUAGUCUAAGCGUGCGCUCGAGUACCCCAGGCUCUCCUGCACAUGUAAGCAGUGGCUCGAAUGCUAGUCGAAGGAGAAAUGGACUCCAUGAUGUCGAUUUUAACACUUUCAUAUCAGAAGAAAUGGCACUCCACUUGGACAAUGGUGGGACUAGAAAGCGUACCUCAGCCCAGUGUGGCGAUGUCAUUACAGACUCACCAACCCAUAAACGCAACAGAAUGAUCUAAACUGCAAACAUUCUCACACCCACC